UUUCUAAAGGUCUACUUUGUUCAAGACAUCAAUGCAGGUUUAAAGGAUGCAGCAGAAAUAACAGAAAAACAAGUACCAAUCUCUUUUCUGUCCAAAGAGGAUCUGGAGAACCUAAUUAUCAAGUUGCAAAAAGCAAGUAAUGGCCUGGAACGUAGCCUGAAGGAACAAGUACUGUCCCACCAAGCCCUACAAGAAGCCUUAAAUGACCCAAAGAAUGGGGAAUCUGCUUUCAAGCACUUGAAGCAACAGGCUUCUAUUUUAGGUAACAUGGAAAAAUUACAUUUACUUGGCCCUGGAAGAUGCUUUGUUGAGUUUGGAGCUGGACGAGGAAAGCUGUCUCACUGGGUUGAUGUUGCCUUGCAGGAUGCUGACAACGUUCAGUUUUUACUCGUAGAAAGGGCAACUACAAGAUUUAAGGUGGAUGGAAAACAUAAAAGGAAAGAUUCUGUGUUUGAAAGGCUUCAAGUUGACAUUCAACAUUUAUGUUUGAAUAAAGUACCUGUUCUGGUGAAGAAAAAGCUGCCAGUGGUAGGAAUUGGGAAGCAUUUGUGUGGUGCUGCCACAGAUCUUGCUUUGAGAUGCUUGGUUGAAAGUUACACAGCUUGCUGUGAUGGGGAAAAUGAAGAGCCUGCACCAAAGCGCUCCAGGAGUGAUAAGGCAGAGGAGGCUUCAGACAGUUCUUCUGAUAAGGAAUGCAAUCAAGACGACUGUAAGCCUGUAGCUGGAAUUGUAAUAGCACUGUGUUGCCAUCACAAGUGUGACUGGACACAUUAUGUAGGCAGAGAGUUCUUUAAAUCAGUAGGACUGGGGCCAGUAGAAUUCCAUUAUUUCCAGAGAAUGAGCAGCUGGGCCACUUGUGGCAUGCGAGAAACCACAGCCAAAGCCUCUAAAAGUGAAGAAUGCGAAGAGCAAACUAAUGACACAGAAGAACAUGACCAAACAUUCAGCAACACAGAGAGUGCUUCUGACACUUUACAAGGGAUUCUUACUGUUGAAGAACGGAAGCGAAUAGGCUGCCUCUGCAAACUGCUGAUUGACCACGGGCGGGUUGAAUACUUACAGCAACGAGGAUACCAAGCUGCACUGCAGUAUUAUACAGAGCCUGCUGUGUCCUUGGAGAAUGUCCUGCUGACAGCUGUCCCAAGUUCAUCUUUGGUACCAGAGCCAACUAAGUGACAGGAGAUAGAUUUUUUAA